AUGCUUCUUGCGCAAAAAAAGCCUGAGCCUAGCCCAAAAACAAUAAACGAAGCAAUCAGACUUUUUUCAGGGUUAGCGGACCUUGACUAUGAGCCUGGUUAUAAUGAUCAUGUAUACUUUCAAUAUUUGUCUAAUAAUAAAAAUGAUAUCUCUCUUCUAGGAGCCUAUCAUCCUGAAGAGAUUUAUUCAAAAUAUAUUAUUCGGGUAGCAGGAAAGGGUUUUACGGUAGUUGAUUAUCCAUCUAAAGUUUAUGGGUUUCCCGAUACAUACGAAUACAUUGAUGGGAAUUUGCCUUUUCGCCUGAUUCUAGAUAUUGACACAAGGCAGUAUUCUGAUCCCAUGAAUCCCGAACUCCCUUCCUUAGAUGAAUAUAAAUUUUCUCACGAAGAUUUAUUAUCCAGAAUCUUAAUUGCCUGCACUGAUAUUAUAAACUCUGAUUUAAAUCAUUUCAUAAUAUUAGACGCUUUUGCCUUAGCCAGUUCGUCUAAUGCUAAUAAAUGCAGUUGGCAUAUUGUGUAUCCUUAUGCCCGUUUUAUUGAUUAUAAAGACCUUGAGGGUUUUGUAAAAAAAGUUGCUGAUAGAGUUGGAAAGUCAUACUCAGUUUUUAUCGAUUUUGACCUUUAUAAAUCUCGCUUCAGCCUUCAUCUUCUUAGAUCAGCAAAGGAAGAUAGAGUUAAAAGACCUGCAAUUUCUUCAAUUAAGAUAGGAUAUUGCAAGCUAGAAAAUUAUCUAGUUCAGCCUAAAUCCAAUUAUUCUGAAAUCUGGCCCCGAAUCUUUUCCUCUGAGAAGCCAGAAAAAGAGGAAUUCCAACCCAUUGAAAAUAAAACCGCCUUAAGCGUGGGAGCUGGUUUGGUUAUCACAAAAUAUGGAUGGCUUGAGGUUGGCGACAUUAGAAAGGGAUUUAUUAACUUUCAAGCUCGGUCAUUGGAAGCAUGUCCCAUUUGCAAUAUCAAAUACGAAAAAGAUCAGUUAUAUGGCUUACUUCGAAGUAACGGCUAUUUUGUACUCAAAUAUUAUCGGCAGAAAAAUUAUAAACCAGAUCAUAAGGAAUUAGCGUUCGGAAAAGUGACUGAAGUUUCUGCAAAACCUAAGAGAGGAAUAGUCGAAAGAAUAGGUGAUGCUAUAUUAAAUCCACGUCUUCUUGUAGGAUUAUUAGUAAUGAUGAUUAAUGUAGAAAAAUUAAAGGAUGCUCCAGAAGUAUAUCCCGAUUUCUUGGGUAUUGAGAAAACAACAACACUUAUUCGUUCUCCCCCAGGGACAUGGAAAACCACUGCGUUAAGAGAGAUUAUUAUGGCAUUGAAAGAUAAAGUACAUGAUAUUUCUUCUUUGCCAUGCUUUAUCUGA